UGUUAACUAACACAUUCUAAUUGAUAAAGACAAGCACAGUUUGUUUCAAUCUUAUUGUAAUUAAUUGUAAUUAGCAAAUUCCCAUAUAACCUUUUUUCAAAAACUUCUUUUAAUUGCAUUUCCAAAACAAAAAACACGCACGCAACAGAUAUAUAUAGAAAGAAAGAGAUUUGAAAAAUUGAAUUGUAAAUUGUGAAAAAGAGGAAUAAAAAAUGGCGAAGCAUGAAGAGCUACCGAUCCCGAUUUACGAUAACCUAGAGCCUAUCUAUGGCGGAGGUUCAUCGCUAGAAGAAGCUCAGCUUCGUUUUGAUACUAUCAAAUCCAAAUUCAUCGAAAUCUUCGGUCACUCUCCUCAACUCUUCGCUCGUUCACCUGGGAGAGUGAACUUGAUCGGGGAACAUAUUGAUUAUGAAGGAUAUUCGGUGUUGCCUAUGGCAAUUAGGCAAGAUACGAUUAUUGCUAUUAGGAAAAAUGAAUCUGAAAAGGUUCUUAGGAUCGGUAAUGUUAAUGAUCAGAAAUAUUCAAUUUGUACUUAUCCUGCUGAUCCUCUCCAGGAACUGGACUUGAAGGAUCACAAAUGGGGCCAUUAUUUUAUUUGUGGGUACAAAGGUUUCUAUGACUUUGCAAAAUUGAAAGGAGUGGAUGUUGGCCAACCGGUUGGACUUGAUGUUCUUGUUGAUGGGACAGUACCGACUGGUUCAGGACUUUCAAGCUCUGCAGCAUUUGUUUGCUCUUCCACAAUUGCUAUUAUGGCUGCUUUUGAUGUUAACUUCCCAAAGAAAGAAAUUGCACAAGUUACAUGUGAUUGUGAACGACAUAUUGGGACGCAAUCUGGUGGGAUGGAUCAGGCAAUCUCUGUAAUGGCUAAGACUGGGUUCGCAGAACUGAUUGAUUUCAACCCAAUUCGUGCGACAGAUGUGCAACUUCCUUCUGGUGGGACUUUUGUGAUAGCCCAUUCUUUGGCCGAGUCUCAGAAGGCUGUUACUGCCGCCACAAAUUAUAAUAACAGGGUCGUUGAAUGUCGUUUAGCCGCUAUUGUGCUCGCUAUAAAGCUAGGAAUGGAACCGACUGAGGCAAUAUCAAAAGUGAAAACACUCUCCGAUGUUGAAGGGUUAUGUGUAUCAUUUGCUGCUCAUCAUAACUCAUCUGAUCCUGUACUUGCUGUAAAGGAAUAUUUGAAAGAAGAACCAUAUACGGCUGAAGAAAUUGAAGAUGUUACUGGGGAAAAGCUGACUUCGUUUUUGAAUAUUAAUGCAUCUUACUUGGAAGUCAUAAAAGCUGCAAAGCAAUACAAGUUACACCAGAGAGCUGCACAUGUGUAUUCAGAAGCCAAGAGGGUAUAUGCUUUCAAGGAUGUUGUAUCAUCAAAUCUAAGCGAUGAGGAGAUGCUAAAGAAACUUGGUGACCUUAUGAACGAGAGUCAUUAUAGCUGCAGCAAUUUAUAUGAAUGCAGCUGUCCGGAGUUGGAAGAACUAGUAAAGAUUUGUCGCGACAAUGGUGCUUUUGGGGCAAGGCUUACUGGAGCUGGAUGGGGUGGUUGUGCCGUUGCUUUGGUGAAAGAGAGCAUAGUCCCACAAUUCAUCCUUAAUUUGAAGGAAUCUUACUUCCAAUCUAGGAUAGACAAAGGCGUCAUUAAGAAGAAUGAUCUUGGUCUUUAUGUAUUUGCUUCGAAGCCAUCAAGUGGUGCUGCCAUCUUCAAGUUUUAGAAUAUUUCCUUCAAGGUUGUUAAACUCGAGUGGUAACUCAUAAACUCGUCUGAUACCACGAGUUAAGGUCAUGAUUUCGAGUCAACUCGGUUGUGGAAACGAAAUAUGAUAAACUCAUAAGUGGUAACGAGUUUACAUGAGUUAGCUCGUUUUAAAUUCGGUGCAAUCAGUUGAACUUGGUCAAGUUUACACGAGUUUGCGAGUUCAGCUUUUAAAGUCCAAUUGACCGAAUUUAGUAUUUGGCCCAACUUUUAGGAUCUAUAUUUAAUGUUUUUAUGUUUUGGUGGAAUAAUUAGCCUAAAGUAAUUGAGUAUGACACUUUAUUAUGGUGAUUUAGUUUUUUUGGCUAUUGAAAUUUUAUAGUUUUUGAUGAA